UCGACUUCUGCCCCGCCCUACUGUCCAGCCGGCCGGAAGGAUGCGCUCCCGGAAGUUCCGGUGGGGCCAUCGCUGUGUGGGGUAAACAGUAAUGGCGGAGGCUGCGGUGGCCCCCGGUGGUGGCGGAGCGGCGGGAGCGGCAGCCGCGGCAGCCGGAGGGGCGGCUGUCACGGCUUCCAGCCCCUCCGCUGCUGACGCCACCACCAUCACCACCACGGCCUCCAGCCCCCCCGCAGCCGGACCACAGCCGGCCGCCGCCGGAGGAGGAAGCAGCGGCUGUUGGACGAAGCAAGUCGCCUGCAGGUAUUUCAUGCAUGGAGUUUGCAAGGAAGGAGACAACUGCCGUUACUCCCAUGACCUCUAUACUAGUCAGUCCGCUAUGGUGUGCAGGUAUUUUCAGCGAGGAUGCUGCGCUUAUGGAGAUCGUUGCAGAUAUGAACAUACCAAGCCAUUGCAAAGGGAAGAAGUGACUACUGUGAGUCCAGCUGCAAAAACUUACCCUUCAGCUUCCACAGAUGUGACCCCACCACCUGGAACACUUGAAGCGAGCACUGGUGAGACUGAAGUUGAGGACAAAGACCUGGCAGUGGCAAGAGCAGUUGCAGAAGACUGGGUGAACGCUGUGGAGUUUAUUCCUGGACAGCCAUACUGUGGCCGCACUGCUCCGUCCUGCACUGAAGUCCCCUUGCAGGGAAUGGUAAUUGAAGAAGAAUAUGAGAAGCAGCAAGCAAACCUGGAGAUGAAGAAACAACUGUGUCCUUAUGCUGCAGUAGGAGAAUGCCGUUAUGGAGAAAACUGCGUGUAUAUCCAUGGCGAUGUGUGUGACAUGUGUGGCUUGCAGGUCCUCCAUCCCGCUGAUGCCGCCCAGCGCUCUUUGCAUAUAAAGUCUUGUAUUGAAGCCCAUGAGAAGGACAUGGAGCUCUCCUUUGCCGUCCAGCGUAGCAAAGACAUGGUGUGCGGGAUCUGCAUGGAGGUGGUGUACGAAAAAGCCAAUCCCAGUGAGCGUCGUUUUGGGAUCCUCUCCAACUGCAAUCACACUUACUGUCUGAAGUGCAUCCGCAAGUGGAGGAGCGCUAAACAAUUUGAGAGCAAGAUUAUAAAGUCCUGCCCAGAAUGUCGGAUCACAUCUAACUUUGUCAUUCCAAGUGAGUACUGGAUGGAGGAGAAGGAAGAGAAGCAGAAACUCAUUCAGAAAUACAAGGAAGCAAUGAGCAACAAGCCAUGCAGGUAUUUUGAUGAAGGCCGUGGGAGCUGUCCAUUUGGAGGGAACUGUUUUUACAAACACGCGUAUCCUGAUGGCCGCCGAGAAGAACCCCAGAGGCAGAAAGUGGGAACUUCAAGUAGAUACAGAGCCCAGCGGAGAAACCGGUUUUGGGAGUUCAUUGAGGAGAGGGAGGGCGGUGAUCCCUUUGAGAACGACGAGGAUGAGGUGGUGACCUUUGAGCUGGGCGAGAUGCUUCUCAUGCUGUUGGCGGCAGGGGGCGAGGAUGACCUGACAGACUCCGAGGACGAGUGGGACUUGUUUCACGACGAGCUGGAAGACUAUUACGACCUGGAUCUAUAGCAUCUCUCUGUGGAGUUUGGACCGUCAGCUCAGCGUUCAGGCAGUAGCUCUUUUCCUGUGGUGUCGUGGCAGUGCCUGUGUUUUUCUCCUAGGCAGGCCUAUCCAUUCCAGGUGCUGCUGUUGUAAUAAACUUACCCAGGGUCUGUCUCCUCCCCCACCCACCCCUUGUCCCAAACUCCAACUCCCCCAGCCCCUGGAGUGUGUUUCCCCCCUUCUGUUAAACAAAAUGAAAUGAAAUAAACCUUUAAAACAUUAGUUUUUGUAAAAAUGAAUUUAACUGUCAAACAGUUAGCUUAGACUUGUUGCUUCAUAUCUGUGUUCCUGACAGGAUUCAUCCAGUUCCAAGGUUCACAUGUUUACAGGACUUCCACACUCAUCUUGAAAGAGCCCAGAUACAAACCUGAGAGCAGUGGCCAUGCAUUGGAGGGGCGGGAACAGGGAAUGGGAGGGCAGAAGUUGGCCAACGGCCUCUCUUUCCGCUAUGGACUAUGGAAACAAUUUUUUUAAAAAAAAACUUCAAGAUUUCAGGCCAGCGACUUUCUUGGUUGGCUUCAGCUCCAUUCCAACACCCUUCACCCUCCCCGAUGUACAUGUGUUCAUUUGUGGUUUUGGUCUCUUGUUUACUUGCACAUUACUAUUUACUACUGUGUAACCAGAACCAGGCACGAAUGUUCCGGGUUUUUACUGUUUGGCAUGAAAGGCAAACGUGUUUGUGUGUGAAAGGAGAACUUUCUAUGUAUGUAUAUACAAAUAAAAUGCAAAGUUGUAUCCCAAGGGCUGGGCAACUUGAUAUAUCUAUAUAUAUAUAUGUGUGUGUAUUAAAACUUUUCACUCCACCCCCUUUAUUCUUCUCAUACACACUACACUCCUCAUCUUUCUCCAGGGGCAUGGUCUGACAUCCAGCUGGACUUGGAAGCAAAUAUUGUGGUUUUAGCCAGAUCUGUGGAAAUGGUCUUUAAACCAGCUACUCUAAUGUGGGUGUAAGGCACCUUCUUAAUGACACCAGCACAUGCACACGCACCUCCUGGUUGCCCUUCCACUCCUUUGGUGGGUGGCUGUGUAGGAAUAAGGUUAGCCAAAGAGGGUUUUGAUCAAGCAAUUUGUCCAAUAAGUCAUCACCAUGUUGGAAUCUUUUUGCAUUAGUUUUUGGAACAUUGCAGACUAGCUGAGCAAACUUUUAUCUGGGCAGUCAUUUCUGCAUCCCAAUUUAAAAGAGGGUCUUAGGUGCCUCACAGAACAUCUGAUAUGGGCAGGUGGGACUUGUAUGGGCUGUUCAGUAUGCAUGCUGCUUUACCUGUAGAACCCAAGAGCCACUCAAUAGCCAGGCUCUAGAUCUAUUAGGAAGAGCUGCAGAUGCUACCAAAUUCCUCUCCUUCCCUAAUCCUCGAAUGGAACUUUAAUCUUUUAUUAUAUUUAAUGCUGCUGGAUUGUCCUUGGUCUGUUCUUCUGCUGCUUCUGUCUCCUUUAGAUUGUUGUCUCCUUUCACUUUUAAUGGAAUCAAAUUAUUGCUGAAGUCUGUUACUUUGCAGCUGCCUUUUGUAAGAAGCACUUUUCCCAAAUAAAAAAAAUUAAAAAGCACAUUGGUAUUUACAUUUUGAAA